AUGCUAUCAAAGGGCGCAAUCAUCGGCAUCGCCGUAGGAACCCUAGCCGCCACCUGUAUCCUCAUCUGCCUUCUCAUCCGUUGCCUCAAACGCGGCGAACGUCUACCCACUGUUACCCACCACAAGAACAGGAAUGUCGUUACCGAGAAGCCGAGCAAUGUCAGGCCCGACAUCUUUGUCACCAUCCACUCUGUGGACACAACCACCACGGUGACUCCUCGGUCUGCUCCUGCUCCUGCAUCUGCUGCGCCCAAGCCCAAGGGCAGCACCACGACUGCACCAAAGCCCAAGCCUAAAUCAUCGUAUACUCCAAAGAAAAACUAUAAGAGCUCGUCGCCUUCGGGUUACCGUUCGGGAGGAGGUGGUACCACGUCCACUUCCUACUACUAUGGUGGAGCCGACUUAUCUGGAUAUGGCGAUUCGGGCGGCUAUAGCGGGGGUGGACAUGGUGGACAUGGACAUGGACAUGGACAUGGUGGACAUGGUGGGGAUGGCGGUUGCUCCUCAGGAGGCGGCGGAUAUUCAGGAGGAGAUAGUGGAGGUGGUGGUGGUGGUUGCAGUGGAGGCGAUGGCGGCGGAGGAGGUGGAGGCGAUGGCGGCGGAGGAGGAGGUGGUGGUUGCGACUAG